AUGCUGCAAGUGCCCGUGCGGGAACACCCAGCCCAGGCCUCCACCAAGGCCGUGAUCUUGGUCGGAGGUCCCUCCAGAGGCACUCGAUUCCGCCCAUUGUCGCUCGAUGUCCCCAAGCCCCUCUUCGAAGUCGCCGGUCACCCGAUCAUUCACCACUGCCUCAAGGCGCUAGCCAAGGUCGAUGAGGUGCGCGAGGUCAUUCUGGUGGGAUACUACGACGAGUCCGUGUUCCGGGACUUUAUCAAGGACGCCGCCAAGGAGUUCCCCCAGUUCCGCAUCCUGUAUCUGCGCGAGUAUACGGCAUUAGGCACCGCAGGCGGGCUGUACCACUUCCGCGAUGCGAUCCUCAAGGGCAAGCCUGAGCGGCUACUCGUAUUGAACGCUGACGUGUGCUGCUCGUUCCCGCUCGGCGAGAUGCUGAAGCUGUUUGAGGAGAAGGACGCCGAGGCCGUCAUCCUCGGCACGCGGGUGAGCAACGAGGCCGCGACGAACUUUGGAUGCAUCGUGUCGGAUUCGCACACCAAGCGGGUCCUGCACUACGUCGAGAAGCCCGAGUCGCAUAUCUCCAACUUGAUCAACUGUGGUGUGUACCUCUUUGCGACGGAGUGCAUUUUCCCGUCUAUCCGCAGCGCCAUCAAGCGCCGCACCACCCGCCCGCGCAUCUUGUCGUACCCGUCCUCCGACAACCUCGAGUCGUCGUUCAUUGCCGCCACGGACGACGAGGACGAUCCCGAGAAGAACGAGGUCCUCCGCCUGGAGCAGGACAUCCUGUCCGAUCUGGCUGAUAGCAACCGAUUCUUUGUCCACGAGACCAAAGACUUUUGGCGGCAGAUCAAGUCGGCCGGCUCGGCCGUCCCCGCCAACGCCCUGUACCUCCAGAAGGCCUUCCAGGCGGAGUCCCCGGAGCUUACGGCACCGUCCGCCACCAUCGUGCCCCCGGUGUAUAUCCACCCCACCGCUACCGUCGAUCCUACCGCCAAACUGGGCCCGAACGUCUCCAUCGGUCCGCGCGUGGUGGUCGGUCCCGGUGCCCGUGUCAAGGAUUCGAUUGUGCUCGAAGAUGCAGAGAUCCGCCACGACGCCUGUGUCAUGCACUCGAUCAUUGGCUGGGCGAGCCGGGUCGGGUCCUGGGCGCGCGUCGAAGGCACCCCGAUCCCCAUUGGCAGUCACUCGACCAGCAUCGUCAAGCAGGGCGUCAAAGUCCAGAGCAUUACGAUCCUCGGCAAGGAGUGCAGCGUCGGCGAUGAGGUUCGGGUGCAGAACUGUGUGUGUCUGCCAUAUAAGGAGCUGAAACGGGAUGUCGCCAACGAGGUCAUCAUGUAA